AUGAGGACUUCUCUGCAGGCAGUGGCCCUCUGGGGCAAGAAGGCUCCUCCCCACAGUAUCACCGCCAUCAUGAUGACCGAUAACCAGCAGAUGAUUGUGACCGGAAGUCAAGAGGGGCAGCUCUGUCUCUGGAACCUCUCGCCUGAACUCAAGAUUUCAGCUAAAGAACUCCUGUUUGGUCAUUCGGCUUCAGUAACGUGUUUGGCAAGGGCAAGUGACUUCUCUAAACAGCCCUAUGUUGUCAGUGCUGCAGAAAAUGGGGAGAUGUGUGUUUGGAAUGUCACCAAGGGACAGUGCGUGGAGAAGGCCACACUUCCUUACAGGCACACUGCCAUCUGUUAUUACCACUGCUCAUUCCGGAUGACAGGAGAAGGGUGGCUUCUGUGUUGUGGAGAGUAUCAAGAUAUCCUUGUAAUUGAUGCCAAAACAUUGUCCAUUGUUCAUACUUUUACAUCUUCUCAAUCUCCCGAUUGGGUCACCUGCAUGUGCAUUGUUCACUCCAUGAGAAUCCAAGAAGAUUCCCUCCUGGUGGUGUCAGUAACUGGGGAGCUCAAGGUGUGGGACCUCUCCUCAUCUAUCAACAGCAUUCAGGAAAAGCAAGAUGUUUAUGAAAAAGAAUCCAAGUUUCUAGACUCCUUGAACUGUCAGACAAUACGAUUUUGCACAUAUACGGAGAGACUUCUACUGGUGGUGUUUUCUAAAUGUUGGAAGGUUUAUGAUUAUUGUGAUUUUUCCCUUCUCUGGACUGAAAUUAGUAGAAACGGGCAGUGCUUUGCCGGUGGAGAGGUGCUUGCUGCUCACAGAAUCCUCAUCUGGACAGAAGAUGGUCACAGUUACAUCUAUCAGCUGCUGAACAGUGGGCUUUCAAAAAGCAUAUACCCUGCUGAUGGAGGAGUGCUUAAAGAGACCAUUUAUCCUCAUUUACUGUGCUCUACUUCUGUGGAGGGGAAUAAGAGCCGUCCCUCUGUUAUGGGCUACAUGAAUGAAAGGAAAGAGCCAUUUUAUAAAGUGCUCUUCUCUGGAGAAAUCUCUGGAAGAAUUACACUGUGGCACAUUCCCGAUGUUCCUAUUUCCAAGUUUGAUGGUUCCCCUGGAGAGAUCCCAAUCACUGCCACCUGGACCCUUCAAGAUAAUUUUGAUAAGCAUCAUGCUGUAUCACAAAGUAUCAUUGACCAUUUCUCUGAGGUUAAAGAUGGGGCCGGAACUGCUGUAGUCACUUCAUCAGAAUAUGUUCCAAGUCUUGAUAAGCUAAUAUGUGGCUGUGAAGAUGGGACAAUUUUCAUCACCCACGCUUUGAGUGCUGCCAAAGCAGGACUUCUAGAAGGCGGUUCUUUAUUAAGAGGAUCCUCCUGUCACAAAGUUCUGAAAGGCCAUCACCAAAGAGUCACUGCCUUAUUGUACCCACACGGUCUCUCUUCAAGAUUUGACCUGAGCUGGAUGGUGUCUGGGGACCAAAACUCAUGUGUCAUCUUGUGGGACAUCUUUACUGAAGACAUUUUGCAUAAAUUCUUUUUGGAAGCUGGUUCAGUAAUGAGCCUUUUGAUGUCGCCAGAGAAUUUUAAAGUAAGCGACCAGAUCAUUUGCUGUGUGUGCAGUGACCACUCUGUGUCUCUGCUUCACCUGGAGGGGAAGAGGUGCCUCCUGCGUGCCCGGAAGCACCUUUUCCCUGUAAGGAUGAUAAAAUGGCACCCAGUCGAGAAUUUCUUAAUUGUCGGAUGUGCAGAUGACUCUGUCUACAUCUGGGAGAUUGAAACAGGCACUUUGGAAAGACAUGAGACAGGAGAGAGAGCAAGAAUUAUCCUCAAUUGUUGUGAUGACUCACGACUUCUAAAGCGUGAGUCUGCACUUUGCAUUGCCUCAGAGACACAUAAGCACAAAAGUAUAGAACAAAGAUCAUCGGCCUCCUCCCAGCUUGGGCCAGUACCUUGCCCUGGUCUGCAGGUGGAGUCUUCAUGUCAGGUUGCUGAUGCCACAUCUUUCUCACAGCCUUUUCACGUCUUGCCUGUGAAGACGAAAUGGAGUAAUGUUGGCUUUUACAUUCUUCUCUUUGAUCUGGAAAAACUGAUUGAACAUUUGCUGCCAUCUCCACUCAGAGAUGUCGACCCUUCCAGCUCCUUCUAUGGUAAUGAGGUCAUAAGAAGGGCCAAGAGCACAGUGGAGAAGAAGACAAUGAAAAGAAAUAAAGUUGCCUGUAGUCACCUCCCUGCAGAGGCACAGGCCAUGGCUGCUGGUGAAAACCUAGCCCCAGGGGAUAGUACUAGCAAAUUAUUUGAAGAAAAUGAUGGCAUUAAAGGGCCAAAGAAAAUGAAGAGUUCCAAAAUGAUGCACCCUAAACUAUCCAGAAAAGUUGAUGCCAACCUCACAGUAGACACAGCAAAAUUGUUUCUGUCUUGCCUUUUGCCAUGGGGAGUGGACAAAGAACUAGAUAAUCUCUGCAUUAAGCAUCUCAAUAUUUUAAAGCUUCAGGGUCCUGUUUCUUUAGGACUCGCUUCAGAUAGAGACUACUUCUCAUUAAUGCUGCCUGGUUGGGAUUUAUGCAAUACUGAAAUGAUGAAAGACUCUUCAAGAGUCAACUUAUUUUCCAGAAAAGUUUUGGAACUGUCAAAUAAAUACUCAGCCACUCUUCCAAACCAUGUUGGAAUACCAAGAGGAUUGGAAAAUGAUUGUGAUUCCUUGCAAGAGACAAAAACUAUAGUUUAUUUAUUGAACAAAUUAUUUUUAAUUAAUAAACUAGUUAACGUGCCUUUAGAACUGACCUAUGGAAUUGAGAGUUCCUUCAAGAUGGAAUCUGUUCAUAAGAUGAAAAGUCCCGGGACUGAUGUUUUGAAUAUUUCAAGCUUCUAUGGUUGCUUGCGAAAUGGUAAGAAUGAAUCCCAUAUACUUGAGGCUGACCUUUCACUUGUGAAGCUGGUUUCCUACUGGAGAGAUCAGUCUGUACAGGUAACUGAAGCAAUACAAGCUGUUCUUUUGGCAGAAGUUCAACAGCACAUGAAGCCUUGGAGAAAGAUACCAGUGAACAGUCAACUUGUGUCCCUGGCAGAGAAUGGUAACUGUGAGAUAAUGCAGAUCUUCCCAAAGAAGGAAUGGGAUGAGGAACUAGAGUUACAGUGUAUUAGAAGCACUUUGCCUCUGCACGCACCAGCCAGUCCGGUCAAGCAUGGCAACAACUCCAGCUCGGCAAACUUCCAACAUGCUGAGGACACGCCUGACAGAGGUGUCUUAGAAGCAUCUGAGAGUCCAGGUGGGCCAAGACAUCACUCAUGGAUAUUAAAGGUGUGUUCCUGCAAGGUGUGCUAA